AUAUACAUUAUGGGGAAUCUGUGUAUGUCUUGUUGUAAACCAUCAACUUCGUGCGAGGAUUUAACUCCCGAUGUGGUAUGAUCGGAAUUUUCAGGUUAUAAAUAUUUGUCACGAAACUAGAAGAAGAAAGCAGAUGGAAGCUGCUGAAAGAAGGAUUGCUGAGCAGCAGAGCAGAGGUAUUAAAAAUAUUGAUGCUGUUAAAAGGCAAGAAAAGUUAGAUCAACAACGAGACAAGCGAGUAGAAGAGGCUGGUAACAUGAACGUGCAAAGUAAUUUAAAGUGGCAAAUGAGUUAAUGUGAACUGUUCAUGGUACCUGUACAUUUCUUUGGAAAAACGUAUAUUAAACAUACACACAUUACACAUUAAAUGAUAUGGUAACAAUGCUGCAGGUUUGCAUUUUGAGAUACAUAUAGAUACGUUUUUACACUAUGUUUUUAACUAUUUAUAUUAAUAUUUGAUAUAAUGUAUAAAUGUGAGAAUGCUUGUUGUGUGGCUAAAAGUUAAAUGUUACAACUAUCUUUUAUUAAUAAGAAAUGCAAGAUAUUAGGUGUAUAAAUUCAUUAGAAAUAGCGACGCUAGAAGCAUUGAAUUAGUUUAUACACCUAAUAUUUUAACAUUGCAGAUAUAUUAUGUUUUUUAUGCUUUAAAUGCGAUGUUAUAAUCUCUUCAGAAUUUAUAUUUUGAUUUGUUGCUCGUUAAAUGUGUUGAAAGAUAUAUUUGUAUAGUAUUGUUAAGUAACAAAGAAGUAUUUAUUUAUACACGUUCAAGAAUAACAAAAUUGUUUAACACAAGGCUCAUGAUAUA